UUUGUAUACUUAAAUCGAAAAGCGAAAUUAGCGUUGGGCAAAAAGCGUUGAGCACGCCGGCAAUCAGCAAUUCAGCAUGGCUGUUAAUUCUAUUAAUUGAUAAGAGUAGUAUUUUCCAUCUAUAUCUAUACAUGAUCCAAAACACAGUAGACUUGGAGUUAAUAUUUUUAAAAAAAAAGGGAAAAAGAGAGGAAACAAAAGAGCCAAGUACUAAAAUGGUUGUAACAGUUGUGAGCAGAAGUCCCAGUACAUUGAUUUGUUCUAGGUUUCGUGGUCUUCACUUGCCAAGAUCAAUGUCCGCUUCUUGUUCGUCGUCUGUUAAUUUCAAUAACAAGAGCACUAAACUAAAUGAGAAGAAGAAGAAGAAGCUUCCCAUAUUAUUGUUCGAUGUAAUGGACACUAUUGUUCGCGACCCCUUUUACCAUCAUGUCCCUUCCUUUUUCAGGAUGUCUUUUGAGGAACUCAUAAACACAAAACAUCCAACUGCCUGGAUUCAGUUUGAGAAGGGUCUAAUUGAUGAGAUGGAACUUGCUAGAAAUUUUUUUAGAGAUGGCAGGCCUUUUGAUCUUCAAGGACUCAAAGAUUGUAUGCAAAAAGGGUAUUCAUACUUGGAUGGCAUCGAAGACUUACUAGGUUCCCUAAAGCAAAAUGGCUACGAAAUGCAUGCUGCUACUAAUUAUCCAAUCUGGUGGUCUAUCACUGUUAAUCUCUUUCAUUCAUUUAAAAUUCACCUUAAUUCUAAUUUUUUAUAUAUUAUGUUAAGGUACAAAUUGAUUGAGGACAAGUUGAAAUUAUCCGCGUACUUAUCAUGGACAUUUUGUUCAUGUUCAACUGGAAAAAGAAAACCAGAUGUUGAAUUUUAUCUAGAAAUUUUAAGUCACCUUGAUAUUGAUGGAGAAAGCUGCAUCUUCAUCGAUGACAGGAUUCAAAACGUUGAUGCUGCAACAAAGGCUGGCUUAGUUGGUCUGCACUUUAAAAAUGCAAAUCUAUUGCGUCAGGAUCUUUCUAUUCUAGGCAUCUCAGUAAAUGAAAAUUCCAAGCAGAAAGACCUUGGGGAGCUUCGACAAUAACACUUCCUUGAUUUCUGUGUAUUAGUGCAAUCUGACUGACAGACUGUGAUCCCAAGGUGAUUUUGAAGGUUGGGAUUGUGGUACCGUUGAACGCACGAGUGAGCUUCCAGUACAGAUAUCUAAAGUUGGUUCAUGUUUAUCAUCAUUACACAAAGAUGCUCUAUUAGUCUAUACAUUUAUUACAAUAAUUCUUCCACCAUUGAAGUAAAGAAAAUGAAUUGUUGGGUCAGGUGUUUUAAUCUGUAAUAUUCCAGAAAAGAAAAAUCUACUGUUAUAAUAUCAAGUCCCAAAUGUUUAUAUAAUAAAAUUAUUAUUUCUUUCA